UGUUUGUGUCGAACGUUGUGUGUGAUUGUUUGUUCAAUUGGAUUACAACUACCCAUGGGGACAAGCAUGCAGCCGGCAAGAUUAUCUGCAGGCUUUGAUGAGCGGGAAGCGCACUCGUAGCUUUAAGAUCGCGGUCGCGCACCGGGACCGCGAAGAGCUGCUUCGGCCGGGCGGGGAGCGCGCCCUCUUCCGCACCAUGGUGGCUAAGAUCGCGCACCACUUCCUGGCAGACGAUCGCGACCGCAAGUACUAUGCGGACCGGUACACCUGCUGCCCGCCACCCCUCUUCGUGCUUCUAGUCACGCUGGUCGAGUUGGGAUUUUUCACGUACUACACAGUGUUAACGGGUGUUGUCACAACGACAGGGCCCGUCCCUAUUGAUAGUCCUUUCAUUUACAGACCAGAUAAAAGGGAUCAAGUAUGGAGGUUCCUUUUCUACAUGCUCUUACAUGCUGGGUGGAUUCAUCUGCUUUUCAACCUGCUGGUUCAGGUUCUUGUUGGUCUUCCUCUAGAGAUGGUACAUGGAUCUCUGAGGAUAGGGACGGUGUAUAUGGCUGGAGUGCUUGCAGGUUCUCUCGGCACUUCGGUGUUUGACACAGAUGUGUAUCUAGUCGGAGCAUCAGGAGGGGUUUACGCCCUGCUUGCUGCCCACCUUGCCAAUGUACUACUGAAUUACAAUCAAAUGGAAUUCGGUUUAGCCCGAUUGGGAGGCAUUUUCGUGAUAGCCAGUGCCGACGUGGGCUUUGCCAUUUAUGACAGAUAUGCCGUCGAGCAACAGGGACCUCCAGUGUCGUAUGUGGCGCAUUUAACGGGUGCAUUAGCUGGACUAACUAUUGGACUACUUGUUCUAAAAAACUUUGAACAAAAACUCCACGAACAAGUGUUGUGGUGGGUUGCCCUCGGAGUUUACGCAGCGUGCACGCUUUUUGCGGUUCUGUUUAAUGUAUUCAAUUACUGA